AGAGCACCCAGCGCACCGGCCUUGAUCUUGACCAUAUAUUCCUGGUCUUGAAUUAUUUAUUUAUUCGUGCGAAUGUGACACACCACCAUAUCCCCAUUUCCAUCCUAUCCAUCCCAUCCGUAAUUGCCAGUCCGGGUAAUUGUCGCUGUUGUUGUCUUUGUUCCGGCUGUUCGUGCAGUUCAAAAAUGAUAUGUGCCCGACUCGUUGGCCUUAUGCACCUUAAAACUCCGAUGAGCUGUGCGAAAAGCAUUUCACUUCCACCCGGUUGUUUGUUCUCAUAUUGAUUUUCUAAAUGUUAUGGGAAUUACACGGCACAUGCAUCAUUUUAUAGUAAUUAUCCUUGCAGUAUGGCUGAACCUUUUGUUUCCUCACAGAAACCCGUUAAAAAUGCGUGGCAGGUACGAAAAAUUAUUUUUUUCUUUUUACUGUGCAUAUUUGUGUUUGUAACCCUUGCCCCCAAUGUAAGCUCUUUGUAUGCCUAUUUUUCAUUACUCCGAGCUGCGAUGUUCUGUUUCCUUAUCGGCACAAGAUCUGACAUAAAUGGCAAUAGAUAAGGAACUACUUUGAAACCGAACUUCGAGUUUCAUUCACUUUCAAUCUGACUGUUGCACCGCCACCAUGGCCACUUUCCUCGAAAAUAUGAAAGCAAUGGAUGCCAACAGGUAUGCCACCAAGAAGACGAUCGCCCAGGGCAUGUUGGACAUCGCCCUGCUGACCGCAAAUGCCUCCCAACUGAAGUACAUCCUCCAAGUUGGCGAACAGCACCAGUUCUACAAGCUGAUGCUGAUCCUGAUCAGUCUAUCCAUAGUAAUGCAGGUCCUGUCGGGCGUGCUAAGCCUGUCCCUAAGCCUGCUGCGGGAUUGCCGGCUGCACCAGCCGGAGUUUCACCAGUCGGCCAAUAUCAUUAACCAUGUGCGCACGGGCUUCGCCUUUUUCACGACCAUGAUAAAUCUGUUUAUCUCGGCCUUUGACAGUCGACUGCCCCCGCCACAAGGCGACUUUCUUAACAAUUAGGUGUAGAGGGUGGAAAUGGAAGGGUCCCUAGAGGGAUCGUCUCUCGCUUUUGGACUUAAUGCAUUCACUAUCCAUUUCGACAGCUUUUGGUGGGCAUUCUGUUUGUGGUCAUCGGCAGUCUCAACAUAAACAGGCAGCAGGAUCAGACGGCAGCGGUGAUCCUGAACGAUGUCAUUUUGGUGGUCGUGUUCAUAAUAUCCGUGGUGAACGUUAUCAUAUCCGGUU